GGCGCGGGCGGCUGGGCAGCCGCAGGUGUGGCCGGGAGCCGUGUAGGGACCGAGCAGAGCCCGCAACCCCGCGUGGUAGUCGCCAGAAUGCCCGGCGGGGACUCGGAGCAGGUGCGCUACUGCAAGCGCUUCUCCUAUCUCUGGCUGAAGUUCUCGCUCAUCGUCUACUCCACCGUGUUCUGGCUGAUCGGGGGCCUGGUCCUGUCCGUGGGGAUUUACGCGGAAGUUGAGCGGCAGAAGUACAAAACCCUCGAGAGUGCCUUCCUGGCCCCAGCCGUCAUCCUCAUCCUCCUGGGAGUCGUCAUGUUUAUUGUCUCCUUCAUUGGAGUGCUGGCUUCCCUCCGGGACAACCUGUGCCUUCUCCAGUCAUUCAUGUACAUCCUGGGGAUCUGUCUCAUAAUGGAACUCAUCGGUGGUGUGGUGGCCUUGAUCUUCCGGAACCAGACGAUCGAUUUUCUGAAUGACAAUAUUCGGAGAGGAAUCGAGAAUUACUACGAUGACUUAGACUUCAAAAACAUUAUGGACUUUGUUCAGAAGAAGUUCAAGUGCUGUGGCGGGGAGGACUACCAAGACUGGAGUAAAAACCAGUACCACGACUGCAACGCCCCGGGGCCCCUGGCCUGCGGGGUACCCUACACCUGCUGUAUCAGGAACACGACAGAUGUCGUCAACACCAUGUGCGGCUACAAAACUAUCGACAAAGAGCGCCUGAGUGCACAGAACGUCAUUCACGUGCGGGGUUGCACUAAUGCCGUGCUCAUCUGGUUUUUGGACAACUACACCAUCAUGGCCGGCCUCCUGCUGGGCAUCCUGCUCCCCCAGUUUCUAGGCGUGCUGCUGACGCUUCUGUAUAUCACCCGAGUGGAAGACAUUAUCAUGGAGUACUCUGUCACCGACGGGCUGCUGGGGCCUGGUGCCAAGCCCAGCAUGGACACAGCGGGCACAGGGUGUUGCUUGUGCUAUCCCAAUUAAGGCCCAGCCUGGCCCAGCAGCUCCAGCAGGAUUGUACUGCAUACCACCUCUCAGUUCACAGGAGCUGGGCAGGACCACGUUGCCCACACGUGGCACUGAUCAAACCCAGGGUGUAGGUGCCUAUGUGCAGUGUCUGACAGCAGUGCUUUCCAGGGGCAGCCUGAGCACCGUGGGACCUGGGAGACAAGAUGUCCUAGCUCUAGGUCUGGGCCCUGGAGAAGGGAGCUCAGGGCUCAGUGCCAGCCCAUUUUAUUUCUAGCAGUGCCUUGGCCAGUGGUCACAGUACCCCAUUGGAGAGUCAGUUUGCAGUGAUUUGUAUGUGGGGAGAGAAGAAUGUGUUUGCUCCAUGGGGCAGGUAGUGCUGGGUGUAGCCCUGGUACCGUGCCUCAGAUGCCAGGUUAGACCAUGUCUUAGUCUCCCAGGUGCCUUGAGCCUCUAUAAGGCUCAUACUCUGAUGAACAUUUUCUACAUGGUUUUUUAUAACAUUCACAUUUUAUACGCAAUUAACAGAAGUUUCUGACUACUCGAAACUAGACCUCCCUACCCCCAGUCCAUUCAUUCCUCCAAGUCAGUUCAUUAAUCAAUCAAACAGUAAAGACAGUGAUUCUUUUU